CCUGACUUUUUCCCUGCACACAGAUAUGUUAAUUUAAACGCUCCCGGCUCCAACUGUCCCACCACCCCGGAAAACCAAAAUGGCGGGCUGGAUAAACUUUUCAUUCAAAAAAUCACUCUCUCACACAGAGCCUGCACAUUCGCAUUCGUAAACUCCACCGAGAUCUCAUUACGGACGAAGAUGGAGUGGCUGAUAUUAGUCCGCGAAAGAGAGAUACCGAUUCAGCAGCAGAAGAUGGAGUCCUUCGCUUCUUCGUUUCAAAAAUCUCUGGAAUCGAUUAAUGCCAGAGCGCAAGAAACUGUCCGCAAUCAAGGGAAUUUAUUGCAGUUGAAAGCUAGCCUGAGAGACGCCGAGGAUGAAUUUGUGAAAGUUCUAGGAGUUAAGACCUGUAAAGAGGCCAAGCAGAUGGCGACAAGGGACUCCAUAUUAGUCACAAAAGCUAGAAUAGAGGAACUCAGAAGAACUGUGCAAGUUGAGAGGGCUAAGAGGGAUGAAUAUGCAGCAAUCAUGUCACAACAAUCUUUAGAUUUGGCUAUAUUUGAAGGGAAGGUAAAGCGAGGCAGUGCACAUAAAGCUGAAAUUGAAGAGGCCAUUUCGUGGUACAUUAGGGUCCUUGGAUUUCAAAUUGAAGGAGGACAUGGCGUGAAGUUCACUUUUAGCAACAUUAAUUUGAAAAAUCCAUAUGAAGAGUGCUCUAUCACCAUUCGCCAUCAAAACGAUACUUACACAUUGUUGACUUGUGAUCCACACAUUGAUGACACCAAAGAGUUGAUCCAAGUGUUGAACAGAACUAAUGGUUUGUUCAGAUUUGUCAGAAUAAUGAGGGACAAGUUUCAGGAAGCUACAAUGCUUGGAAUUACGUCCCACUCUGUAAUUUGUCAAGACACUUCCACGAUAUCAGUGUCUGCUCCCCUUUCAUCAGUUUCAACGGAAAGAAGUGAAUCACCAGCUAAGAAGGACAAGCAUCAAAUUCAACAGAGAGAUAUCAGUAGGCUUCUCAAGGAAGUUAACCAUGGAAUUGAAUCACUGCUUAAGAAAAAUGAUAGAGCUGCUGAAGGCCAUUCCAAGAAAGUUAACCUGGGAAAAAGGGUUAAGACAGAAAUUUUAUCUCCAAUGUCUGCAUCAUAUGCUCUUUAUGGUUCAGAAUGAGAAAAUGAGGAGUGUUUUGGUGACCUCUUGUUUGAUGUUGUGCAUCACAGGCCCCAACUUCCUUAGCAUGUCAUUACUUGUGACAUUUUGGCUCUAUUACUGACAUUGUGGCAGGAAUCCUGUUUCCAAUAUGAGAAGCCUCAGAUUGGAAGAGCUGCAAGGGUCAAGGUAUUUUCUUUCAUCAGCCAAGAAUGCCUCACCUCUAGCUGAUGUUAUUAUUGUCUUGUGCAUUGAAGUAGGAAUAGAUGAAACGUAAAGGCGACAACUAUAAUUUUGCGUUCCUCAUUCUAGAAUUUCCAUUGUGUGUGAACUAAUUAUUUAAUGUCAGUUUUUGUUUGCGCAGUUCAUAGUUUCAUCUUAUAUGAUAUACAAACCUGCAAAUUUCUUUUAAUGAUUGAGCUAUUUGUACCCAAAUAAUUGCAUUAUUUACUGGAUUGCUCCAAGAUAAGUUUAUACUACGAAGUACGAAUUGUUGAA